AUGCAAGAAAAACAAUUUAUUUUUAAAAGAGAGAAGCGACCUAGUUUGAAAACCCCAAGGACAGUUAAUUUGACUAAUACAACCUUCAAAAGUAAAAAAAUAAAAGUUUUGUUUCAGAAGGGGAUUCAAGAAACGUUAAAUGAUGUUCAUUCAAAUUAUGCAGUGAAGCUAAACGAAAAACUCGGUUCUAUUUUUCAACAAAAUGAUAGCAUUAGGAGAUCAUCAGCGGAUAGUUUACUUGAUAUUGUUAAGAAUUAUCCAAAAAUUAUUUAUGAAAACAUAGACCGUGUUUUGAAUACAACCUCUAGCUGUUGGAUUGAUAACGAUAUGCACGUACGUAAAACUAUAUAUGCUAUGACGUUAGAAUUGUUAAAAUCAAAAAACAAUAGUAUUAUUGUGCCUUUUUCAGAGAACAUUUUUAUGCAAAUUAGAGGUACUCUUUCACAUAUUCGGAACGAAGUUAGAAUUGAUGGAUUGAUUUUUUUAAAUGAAUAUCUAUUAAUUGAAUUUGGAAAAUACAAAGAAAAAUUCAUCACUUUACAAUAUCUUCUUGGUUGGUCCCCAUUAGUAUGUAGGAUCGCCCAAUCGGUAAAUUUUUAUAAUGCAUUGGACAGUUUAUUUAUAAUAACUGUUACAAUUCGAGAAAUUAUUAAUCAAGUUCUAUUAAAAUUGAAAAAAUUGAAUGACUAUGAAUUGGAUGAAAUUAGUCAUUUUGAAUUGAAAAACUCAAUCUCACAGUUAUAUGAUUCUUUAAUUCAUAUUUCAUUUGAAAUCAUUUCAAAGAGAGAACAAAAAUUUAACGACCAUAUUUCAUUUAGUGGAAUGAAUUUAUUUCAAAACCAAAAAAAGAUGAAACAUGAUAAUUGUUCUUCAAUACGAAUAAAAAGAUCAUUGAUACCAAAUAUUCCGACGUUUGUAUUAAAUGAUCGUGAAUAUAUUCUUUCUUUUUUAUCAUCUAUAAUAUUAGAUACAUUGUAUUCUAUUAACAAAUAUGGUGGGAGUUUUAUUAAUAAAAGUAAACAAUUGAAUAAAAUAUGUGGUUCCAUGAAGAAAAUCCAACUGGAAUUGAAAAUUGACUCAAGUUUCAGUUCUUAUGGUGAAUCAAACUUGUCAGUUUUUUACAUUGAAAAGUUGUUAUUACUAAGGAUUUAUUUACUUCCAUCAUUUAUUUUGCCAGAAAACCAUAAAGAUAUGAAUAAAAUUAUUCAAGAUUAUUUUUAUAUUUUAAAAUACUUCUCAAAACAAAGUAAUAAUGAAAAUGAGCUUUUACUUGAUAGUAAUCAUUCAGAGAUUUUUGAAUUCAUUUUUUUGGAGGGAAUAGAAAUGAUGUACUUGAGUUUUUUUAAUCGUGAGUUACUAAAAAAAUUCUUCACUCCUAACAAGUAUACCUUAUUUUAUUUAUUAUCAAUGAUACUCGAUAUAAACGACACAUUAAAUCAGCUUAAUAUGCAGGAGUUUGAUAUAAAUGAAAUUAAACAUGAAUUUUUUGAUCAAGGGUUUAAUAAUAUUCCUUUGGAGUUCAAUAACAAAAGAAACAUUCUUUCUUCUAAAGAAGUAUUCCAAUUAUUACUAAUCCAUACAAUAAAUUACACGGAAAACGUAGUUAAUGAAAAUGGAAAGUUGACUAUUACAGCAUUAAGAGUAAUACUGUUUCUUCCACUAAUUUUGAGUAAUGUUGGAUAUUUACAAAAUUAUUGCAUUGAUCAGGAUUUUUCAAUUUGGAGUCCUAUAGAGCAUAUUUUGGUUUCUACCAAUGAACGAUUAAAUUUUAAAAAUAUUUCCACAUUAAAAAAUGAUGUGAUAUUAGCUAAAUAUUGGAUUUCAACUAUCCCGAAACUCAUUUUUUUUUUAUAUUAUAACUCUGUUGAUGAAGGAAAGCAAUACCCCACCAGUCUAAUAUGUAAUUUAUUAUUAAUAUUAGAAGAUUACAUAAUGAAUAGAAUAUCAUUUCAACUCGAAGAUAGAUCACUAUCAAUUAAUAUUUGUAAAAGUGUCAUGACGUUUUUUGUAAAUAAGAAACAAAUGAUACAGAACAAUAUUAUAUCAAUUUUGCCAUUUCAAAAUCAAAAAUCAAUUAUUUCUACCUUACCAUUUUGGGCCUAUUUGCCGAGAAAAUUUUUACUUUCAAUUAUUGAUCAAGUUCUAAUUUUCAUGAAAAAUGGAACAAAUUUUUUGUAUUCUUUCUUUAUAAUUAAAACUCUUAUUACCCAACAAAAUGAUUCAAUUUUAUCUCUAGAAGACAAAAUGAGUAUUUUCGUGACAAUAAUCAGUGGUUGUAAUUGCAAACAAUCUACAAAAUUUCAAUUAUUUAAUUUGCUUUCUGAGUUUUUAAUCGAAUUAUCCAAAUCAUAUAUUAUUUUACCAAAAGAUCAGGAAAACAAUAAUUAUUUUUACAAAAUUUUUUUUAAAAUAUGGUUUAUACCUUUAAUCAAUCAUUUGAGCUUACAUGCAAACUCUGAAACUAAGUUAUCAAAUGUUUCACUUUUCUUUAAUUGCACUCUCUCGAAAACUGUUAAAAUGCAACUAUCUACGAUUACAGCACAUUUGAACUGUACUUCAAGCAUUAUAGAUAACUCCGAUGAAUGUAUAAAAGAUCAAAUAUGUAAUUAUGUAGCAUUCACAGAUAAAUUUGAAAUAAAUUAUUUUUAUUUGGAAGAAUCUAAUAUAAAUUUAAUUUACAGUGUCAUUGUUUCGAAUAUUAAAAAAUCAAAUUCAUCUUUAUGCAAUAUUGAGGACAUUAUUCCAUUAAAAACUUUAAAAUAUCCUAUUUUAACAAUUUUGUAUAUUUGGAAGGCCUAUGCAUACUUCAAUUAUAGGGAAAACAGCAUUGAGUUUGAAAAAAGCAAAUUAUCUCUUCUUUCUUCGGUAGUUAAACAUAUUUUUGGAAGAUAUAUUUCUGAUGAAAGACGAGAUUUGAAAGAUAAAUGCUUAGAAAGAUUAUUUAGUUUUUCAGCAGUUUCAAUAUUGUACAUUAUAUCAACGAAUGAUUAUUUUUUUAAAGAGAUUAAUAUUGAUCAAAUUAUUGAAAAAAUUGAGUAUCUUUUCAAAAAAAUGGAAAGUAGUAUCUAUAUGUUUAUUUGCAAGUUAGUCAAGAAUUAUAUUUUGAUCAACUAA